AUGGCGCCUCCAGAGUUGACUGAAUGUAUUAGGAAACGCGGGGUAGCAAAGGGUAAACUAACUCGAUUCGGAUCAUUCUUCGACACAUUCCAAAGGAAUGCAAGGCGCAACUACACUGAGUUGAAAUUACGGCUAGACAAACUGGAAUCAUUGUUUGAUGAAUUCGACCUUAUCCAAACUGAAAUCGAAGGUUUGGAUGAAUCUGACUCGCAGCAAGAAGAACGCAUCAAAUUUGAAAAUGAAUUUUUUUCCAUACAAGCGGCGGCCGUGAAUGAGUUAUCAUCACAAGAACUCCAAUCGUCUGAUCAAUCAUUUAGUCGAAAUCAUCGACCGGGUGUUGAAGCUCACAUGAAGUUGCCGAGAAUCAACCUUCCUGAAUUUGACGGAGAAUAUGAAAACUGGCAGUGUUAUCGAGAUACUUUCAGUGUCAUGAUUCACAACGCUCGAAUACCUGCAGUAGAAAAAUUUCCAUAUCUCCGAUUAUCUUUGAAAGGGCUGGCGGCGCAGCUAAUCGAAAGUUUGGAGGUAACGGAGGGGAAUUAUUUAGUUGCAUGGAACUUAGUUCAAGAACGAUUUGAAAAUAAGCGUCUUAUAGUACAGACUCAUGUAUCAAAAUUAUUUGCAGUAAAUAAGUUAAAAAAUGAGUCUGCCUCUGCAACGAGAAGUUUCUUCGACAUCUUUAGUCGACACCUGGGAGCUUUAAAAGCUAUCGGAGAACCAGUGGAUGAAUGGAGUACGCUAUUAGUACACAUAGCAUCUUCCAAACUCGAUGAUAAAUCUCUCAUGGAAUGGGAAACUUCACGAAAAGAUACAAGUGUACCAACAUGGAACGAGUUCACUACGUUUCUAAAUCAUCGAUGUCAAACGCUCGCAGCAAUUGAAGUCUCUAAAGCACAGGGAAGAAACAUGUGGCAAGACCCAUCAAUACCAGUUCGACGGUCAUUUACCACGGUUCACCAACCGUCCAUCAUGUCACAGUCAAAAUGUCCCAUGUGCAAAUUAGUACAUGCCCUUUAUCAAUGUCCAAAAUUUUUAGCUUUGAGAACGCCAGAGAGAGUGAAAUUUGCUAGAACAAUAAACGUUUGCGUUAACUGUUUACGAGGUGGUCACCGAGCAUCGUCUUGUCGUAGUGCAGGUUGUUCAAAAUGCAACCAACGACACAAUAGCAAACUACAUCUGGAAGACGAUGAAAGAGCCGAAGCAUUUGCGAACAGUGCGUUAAUUGAUGAAGAAACUGGAAAUAGUUCUGAUACUCAGGAAAGCAUAGUGGAUAGCGAAGAGAGCCAAGUAGCAUUAAAGGCACAAAUAAUGGAAAAGAGAAAAACCGUCGGUGAAGUAACAAUGUUAUCAACGGCUUUAGUUAUAAUUUCCGAUGUGCGUGGUAAAGGAAUUAUGGCAAGAGUUUUAUUGGAUUCUGGUUCCCAAGUCAACCUUAUGACUACCAGACUGGCAAUAAAACUAGGUUAUCCAAUAACUGAAACAGCUACAACGGUAAUUGGAGUAUCAGGUAUGUCAUGUAAAGCAGUUGGACAAGUUAGCGCUACUGUGAAAUCGAGAAUUAAUGCAUAUUCAACAGAUUUAAGAUUCUUGGUAUUACAGAAUAUCGCAAAUACCUUGCAGUCAGUACAACCAACCAACGAAGUCAUGAACACAAUUAAUCUAGGCGAAUGUGCUGACCCAGACUUCCGUUCUACAAAAAAAAUUGAUAUAAUACUUGGCUCCGAAAUAUUCUAUGAGCUGUUAUGCAUCGGUCAAAUAAAACCAGCAGGCACUCGCGCAAUUUGGCAAAAAACUGUAUUCGGUUGGGUUCUAUCAGGACGGGUACAGAGUGACCACAUUAAUCCUCACACGUCUUGCAUGACAACAAUGGUGAGUAUCGACAAUUCAAUUCAAAACGAAGUACAGAAGUUUUGGGAGCUCGAAGAAGUCGUCGAACCAAAGGAACGAAGAAAAAAUAGUAUUGAAGAAUGCAAAUGUGAAACCCAUUUUUUGAAGACGUCUUCAAGAGACGCCGAUGGUAGAUUUACGUUAAAGCUACCAUUUCGUAACAACAUACAGCAAUUAUUGGGUGAAUCGCGUUUCAUGGCAACGAAAAGAUUUCAUCAGAUGGAACGUAAAUUAAAUGAAAAUCCAGAGCUUAAGCUGGAAUACGUCAGGUUUAUGCGUGAGUAUCAAAAUCUUGGUCACAUGACCCUGUCGACUAAGACGAAUACUCAUUCGACGGAACAUCCACAAGUAUUUUUACCACAUCACCCAAUCAUCUGA